GCAUUACUGCAACUGCCGCAUCAGUAGGAGCUGCCGGUGUGCCACAAGCAGGCUUGGUUACAAUGCUGAUUGUACUACAAGCUGUUGGAUUGCCUGUCAGUGAUGUCAGUCUCAUUGUAGCUGUUGAUUGGUUCCUGUAAGUGAAACAUAAUUAGUCUUUCUCGCGAAGGCCAAAUUCGCCAUUUUUGGGGUACUUUUUUGAAAAGGACGUGAAAAAUCUAAGCGAUGUGAAAACAUUUUUUCGAAUAUUUAACUAUAAUUAACUUAUAAUGAUUAUACUCACAAUUAUAGUUAUACAAAUCCCUUAUUCACUGUGUAGAAUCUCAGAUUUGGAAAAGGCAGUACCCCAAAAAUGACAGCUUGAGAAAGGCUAAUUCCCUAAUAGUUAUCACAUUAUUGUCAUAUCAUCGAGAAAUUAGCCAAAAAAGCUAUGCUUGGGCCUUGGAGGGUUCCCUUUCGAUGAUUGGAACUUCUACGAUUCCAACGUUUGAGAUUCCAACUUUUUAAUAUAUGCGGCCUUGAAUUGGUUUAACAGUGGCGGAAAUCUCGGGGGGGGGGCGUCCGUCCCCCCACCUUCGUGGAAAAUGACGAAUUAGUUUUUUUCGGAAAUUUAGAAGGCUUCGCCCCCCCCCCCCGGAAAAAGUGAAUUUCCGCCACUGUGGUUUAAUGCGAUUUAAAAUCAAUCAUAGAGCAAGGUAUUUGAAUAGGUCACAUGUAUACGCUUUAUAAGAUCAAUAAACUUAUGAAUACUACUGUAAUCAUGAGGAUCUGGAUCGAGGAGUGAAGAAUACUAACUCCAGGUAGGAGACAGAAUGAUUACGAUUAAUCAUCAUUCACUUCAAAAGUGUACGCCAUUGUAAGUGCUCAUGCAGAUCUUAUCAUCUGCAAUAUUUUUGUGCAGUAUAAAUUUAUUUUCCCAUUUAUUCCGUUAAUCCAGAGAUCGUAUUCGAACCACAGUGAAUGUAUUGGGUGACUCAUUUGGGGCAGGGAUCGUUCAGCAUCUUUCGCGUCAUGAGUUAAGGACCGGCCACAAUUAUCCUGAAGAUGGUAAUAAAAGUGACCUGCCCAAUGGUUCUGGACAGCCUGGUAGCACUGUUUUAACAAACUUGGACGCCAACUCUGAAACUCAUUUCUAAUUUUCUUUUGUCUCAAUGGUCAAUGGGCUUGACACAAACGGAGGGUAUUUAAUAACAGCGACUUUAUAUGAAUAUGGUAGGGUCGGUUUUACCAAGCAAUUUUAAUUUUUGUGUUAUGUUUAUUGCUUAUGUACUAUCGUUGUAUAUCUAAGGAUAAACAGUAGAAGACAAAAUCAUUAUCUAUUCGUACGAGAAACAUUUGUAACAACUUGGCUAGCCCUCAUGCAGGCGGUCAUUGGUAGGCUGGAGAAAUGUAAUCAGUUAUUACCCAGAUUAAAAUCUGUUAAAUGCUUCUUACAAAGGUAGCAUUAUCACUGUAUUCAUCUGCCACCCUUUAUCCUUAUACAAGCGACAGUAUAAUGCAGGGGCAAGGGCCCCCAAGUUUUCAAAAGACACACAAAGUGCUGGAUACUCCGGUUUCUUCACACAGGGAAUGUUGAAUUGUGGGAUCCCAUAAUUGACCCUUCUAUCCUAGCUGUGCUCCGUGAGUCAUAAGGUGGCCGUUCCAGAGGCGAUCUUAGAAAGCAUUCGACUCGAUCAGGUUGAGCUGCGUUAUUCGCAAUUCAGCUUAGCUCUCAGCUGCAAGUAAGGAUGACCCAUUCCCCAAUGUUUCCACUUUACCUGACAAAGUUUAUGCCUUUAGCCGACCGCGCUUCAUCCGUUUUUCCACAUUAUAUUAAUUCGUAUUAAGAAUAAUGAUUUUAUUCUUUUUAGUAAUGAUUUUUCUACACUAUAUAUUUUACGAUGUGUGUAUAUAUACUGUAUGUUUAACUGAAAUUAUUUUGAGUAAUAGGCCUUAGCAUUUUUUGCUGGAUUACGGAUUUCUCUAUCUUGUAUUUUUAAAAAGCAUGCAGAGAAAGCGGACGCUCAUCAGUUUCCGUGUGUCAUUUCCAUAUUUUAGAAAGUACUAGUGUUUUGGCUGAGCAAGAUGCCCGAAAAUAUAAAAUGAAGAACAGUAUGUAGGAAUAAAGUCAUGCUGACCUACAGUCUAAACUUGCAUGUGGAAACAUGGCCGUGAAGGAUAAUUGAUAUUUGGACAAUUUGUUUUUCUUUUUCUUUCACCUUCUUGUCCUAUUGGUGAGCAAAAUCCGUAAUCCAACAAAUAAGAAAGCGUGGCCUAACUCUAUAUUUAAAUGUUUAAGAUCUUCUAACUUAACUUUUUAAAUUGUGGCAUAUCAAAUGUAAAAUUUAUUAUGGUGUGACCAGAACGGAAAAUAAAGUUCGAAUAUUAAAGUUUAUGGUGAGAUGUUGAGUUCAUUCUUUACAUAGAUAAAAUAAUAAUGUAAACUCGUAAUAAGAC